AAGUCCGAGGAAGGAGCUCCACUCUACUAUAACAACUGUGCAUUGCCCGCAGUUAAAUUUUGAGUUUUCCUUGACUUUAUUUGAACAAUCUGAAGCUUUUGUGUGCAGGUUCGUGGUGAGCUGCAGCGAAACACAAUGAUCGUUAGGAUUGUGCUGAGCUCCCAGUCUCUUCGGAGCAGCUGUGUCUUUUCCAGAUCUUUAGGACUUCUGCAGAGACCAUGGACGCAUCAUCCAGGCUUAUCUGCAGCGAGUCGUGGCAUUCAUGUGGAAUCUCCACCCAUCAUCCCGACUCUCACCACCAGCUACGCCCACGGCACAUCUUCCACAUCUCUGCUCCACACCACCAUUGGAGAGUCCCUGUUGCAGACCGUGGAGCGCUGGCCCGACCGAGAGGCCGUGAUCUUCCUACAAGACGGAGUCCGCAAGACCUUUGCACAGCUUCAGCAGGAUGUGGAUCAGGCUGCAGCGGGGCUGCUGGCUCUUGGACUGCAGAAAGGAGACCGCCUCGGCAUAUGGGGACCCAACACUUAUGAAUGGAUCCUGUUCCAGUUCGCCACAGCCAGAGCUGGUAUCAUACUGGUGUCUGUGAACCCAAAGUACCAGGUGCAGGAGGUGGAGUUCGCAUUGCGGAAGUCUGGCUGUAAAGCUGUAGCGUGCCCCGCAAAGUUCAGGACUCAGAAGUACAGUGACAUGCUGAAGCAGUUAUGUCCGGAGAUCGAGUCGUCUACGCCGGGGGACAUCAGGAGCGCCAGACUCCCAGACCUCCGCUCUGUGAUCCUCCUGGAUAGUCGACAACCGGGAAUGUUCCACAUUGAGGACGUGAUGCAGGCCGGCAGCAGCCGGUACAUGCAGCAGCUUCAGGACCUGCAGAAGCAGCUCUCCUUUGACGACCCGAUAAACAUCCAGUUCACUUCGGGAACCACUGGAGCUCCAAAGGGCGUGACCUUGUCUCAUCACAACAUCGUCAACAACGCCUACUUUGUGGGGAAGAGACUGGGGUACACCUGGAGACCUAACAUUCGUGUCUGUCUCCCUGUGCCUCUGUACCACUGCUUCGGCUCUGUGGGUGGAGGGUUGUGUAUGGCCGUCCAUGGCAUUUCCACCAUCUUUCCCUCUGCGGGGUACGAUGGAAAGGCCAACUUAGCAGCUCUGGAGAGCGAAAGGUGCACCUUCAUCUACGGCACCCCCACCAUGUUUGUGGAUAUGGUCAGCCAGCAGGAAGUGGCCAAACAUGACUUGUCGUCAGUCCUGGCAGGCGUCAUGGGAGGCUCCCCGUGUCCUCCAGAUCUCGUGAAGAAGGUCAUUUCUGUGAUGGGCAUCAAGGAAAUAACGGUUGUAUACGGCACCACGGAGAACAGCCCCGUGACGUUCUGCCCGUCGCCGACAGACAACCUGGAGAGGAAGUCUGAGACCGUCGGCUUCGUCGCGGAACACACAGAGGCUAAAAUCGUGGACCCUAGGACGGGUCAGGUGGUGCCUCUGGGGACGACGGGGGAGCUCAUGACGAGAGGCUACUGCGUGAUGCUGGGUUACUGGGACGACGAAGCCAAAACACAAGAGUGCAUCACCAAAAGCGGAUGGUACAAAACCGGAGACCUUGCCUCGAUGGACGUGUUCAGCUACUGCCGAAUCGAGGGCAGAAUUAAAGACAUGAUCAUCAGAGGAGGAGAGAACGUUUACCCAGCGGAGAUCGAACUGUUCCUGCACACGCACCCCAAAGUCAAGGAGGCACAGGUGGUCGGCGUUGUGGAUGCCCGUAUGGGUGAAGAGAUCUGUGCCUGUAUCAAAGUGGUCGACGGAGAGGAAUGCACUGCAGAAGAAAUCAAAGUUUACUGCAAACAACACAUCGCUCACUUCAAGAUCCCUCGCUACGUACUUUUUGUGACCAGUUACCCGCUUACCGUUACUGGAAAGAUCCAGAAAUACGAACUACGCGACGAGGCUGAGCAGCAGCUCGGACUCAAGGACAAAUGAGAUUUUCAGCUGAUGAAUGAAUUUAAUUCAAAUACUGUUUAACAGGGAUUAAAAACCAGCCAUCAGAGGUGCUAUGGCAGGCUAUAAAGCCACAUCCUGUAACCCACUGAUAACAUGGAUAACGUGACUAUACUUAUCACCAGCACACAAAGACCAUGAGAGACCAUAACCAACAAUACAUUAAUCCUAGUAACAAAUAGUGUGUAUACAAAAAUAACACUGUGGGUGAUAUGUGCCUUUAUUACCAUGAACACUUUGUAGUAUAUUUUGACUCAGUUGCACUAUUUACUCCGGUCUUUGUAGCGUUUGUUAAAAAUAAACCACAGUGCCCAAAUGUUUGAGAUGUUUUUAAUUAAUGUAUAUAUUUGUAACCUGUGUCUAAGAUUAAUAUCUUCUAUAGAAACCAACGGGGAAGGACAAACUGGUUGUUGGUUUUGGUCUUCAACAGUUUAAUAAUAUCUGUUGUACAAAUGUGAACAUUGAUUGAACCACUUGUACAUAUUGAAUCACACAUUUCACCACAGUUCUUUCUUAUCCUGUGUAAAGCUAAAACAAUAUUUUUUCUACAACUUGAAAUAAAUCACAUUAUUAAAAUCAAGGCGUUGAUUUAUCAGGAUGAACGAGAGUAUUUUAAUAUUGGUCAC